AUGUCUUCUCAAUUCGAUGAAGAGUGGAAGACUCGCGCCCUCGCGGCGUUGAGUGAGAUCGCGCCAGCUUUGCUGGCAGAGGAGGCUCGCCUCCAAAAAAUCAUCAGCGACUAUGGCCGCACCUCCCAGGCCGGGGAGGUGCGUGCCGUCAUGCGGCAAAUGCGGUCGUACUUCGACCUAGACGCUUUCGUCGACACUCCGGCGUUGGAUGGCGUCUUGCGGUCGCCGUCCCCUUCCCCUCCUCCUCCCUCUCCGGCUGCGAAAGAAGCAGCGGCAGCAACAGCGACAACAACAACAGCAGCAGCAGCAGCACCGGCGGCGGCGGCGGCUCCUGCCUCUCUUCUGGUGCCUGCUGUUCCUUACGCGACGGCCUCGCCUCCCUUCAUUUUUCCCGCUCUGCCUUCUCCUCCCGCGCCCUCUCUCCCUCCUGCUGUUCCUUCUCUCCAGCAGACGAGCACCAUCGCAACCGCCGCCGCCGCCGCCGAUGAUGACGACGCACCGGCGCCAACAAGGCGUCGUGCACCAGCUCUAGCCAAGAGAAAGGCUGUUGCUGUCGAAAAAGCCAAUGCCUCUGAUGGGCCAACGGCACCAAAACGCCAACGACGAGAAGAGGCCGUGAGGGAUGCUCCUCUCAAGAAGCCAAUCACGGAGGCGAUCCGAGGGCAGGCAACGUUGCCAAAUUCGACAACGGUCCUCAGCAACAGAAAUAAAGAAUCAAAGACAUUGCAGUGGAGGUUCGUUUGCGACGUCAAAAACUGCGAUGUCCACAGAAGCACACCAGGAGAUUUCCAUGCUCACAUGAAGAACAAACACCAGCGCACGAAUGGAUUUUCAAUUAAAAGAGCAUGCCCACCUGCUGAGCUCUACUGGAUAGCAGAGGACGAGGCUGGAAAGGUCUACUCAGGAGAAAUAUUCCAAUUGGACAAGUCGAAGAAAUAGGCAAGACACCAGGGACAUCAAUGCGAGCCAGCAUAGCAAAGAGAUGAGACAACAUGAAGGAGAAAUCGUCAAGAAAAUUAAAGUGAGCAGCAUAGCACAGAGAUGAGACGCCUUGAAGAAAGCUCAGAGAUUCAUGUGAAGUUGGAAUUACAAACAGAAGAGAAGUUCUCAGUAGCACGAUGAGGAUAGAGAUCAGGAGAAUCGUGCACAUAUGAAAUACGAGAACUUGCUCCCAAAAAGCACAAUUCGUGAGCCGGAAGUGGUUGGCCAGUAGUCAAGUACUAGGGGCUGUAUGAAGUGUGACGCAGAACAAACAUUGCAAGCAUCUCUCCAAUUCCUUUCUCAAUUCAUCACUGCGUGCCAUACUACAACUAUUUUCUCUUCGUCGCCAUCUGUUUCUGCU